AUUCAUUCAUAUCACCCUGCCCCAGCCUACUCCAAUCAGUGAGAACCUACCUAGCUCCGCCGCCACCCGCCGCUCUACUCACCAACAACCCACCCUUCCUUCUCAUAUCAACAAACACAUCACCAAAGAACAAGAAGCAUCCACGAUGUUCGCCGACGCGGGCUUCGGCUUCUCGGCCUACUCGCCGCCGGGCUACUCGCCGGCCUUCACCCACCCGGACUUCUCCUCCACCUUCACCACCUCGCAACCUACUGCCGCUGCUCCUGCCCUCAUGUCUCCCCUUCCUCUUCUGCCUACCGGGCAAGACGACGCCAUCUACGCGCACCUCGGAGACAUGGGGCAGCCAUCCUUGAUAUCGGAGUACGACCUCGGAGGGGAAGGGGACCUGUUCAAGGCUCCCGAGCCCAUCAUCGACGAGCCGCCACUGCUCGGCCUCGACGACCCGGUCGCGGCCGCCAUCUCCAUGAUGUCCAACAACGCAAUGGACUCAAUGGACGACACGAUCAAGGCCUCGUCCAUGGGCCUCAGCGAGGUGCUGUACGAGUGCGAGAAGGAGCUCAUGGAGAAGUCGGCGAUCGAGGAGACCAUCUCUGAGCUGCUCGACGUCAAGAUCCCCAUGCUGCAGGUCGAAGAUGUAGUCACUGCUGGAGACCAUGUCCGAGCAUCAGCUGCUAGUGAGUGCUCGCUGCAGAAGAGUGUCAGCUCUGGGUGCCUCAACUCCGCGGAAUGGAUGAACGGGUCGGUGAGGCCCAACUUCCUGGACUUCCAGGGGCUCGACUUCGAGGCGGCGUUCGGGCUCAGGAGGGCUUACAGCGAGGGAGACAUCCAGAAUCUUGGUGCCAAUACCCCUAGGCCCGGGAAUUCAGGAAAUGUUGAGAGGCUUGUGACCAUCAGUGACCUGAAAACAGAGGAAAGGAAGCAGAAGCUCUCCAGGUACAGGAAGAAGAAGAUCAAGAGAAACUUUGGCAGAAAGAUCAAGUACGCCUGCAGGAAGGCUCUGGCAGACAGCCAGCCAAGGGUGCGAGGGCGGUUCGCUAAGAUGGAUGACGGCGACAUGCUCAAGCCCAGGAAGUAGCAAGUAGAUAAUGGAAGGCCGCUGCAAAGCCAAGCCUGCAAGGAAGAAGGAAGACAAGACUGCAUGCAAGGGGAUUAAGCCGCUGCCGAGCUGCCAGCAAGCUCGGUGGCUUCUAGAAGCUUCUAGGAGACCUUCUAGGAUGGCUGCCGUGCUGCGCUGCUGCCCGUCGGAAUUAAUUUUAGUUCGCUUCAUCGAUCCGCUCCGUCGGGCGGCGUGCAUUUUCUAUUUCCCCUGUAAUAAUAUGAUGAUCCUUUUGGCUGCAAGAGAGUGGAGAGCAGCUCCUCUAGCUAGCUAGGCUCCUCUGGUGUACAAAGGGUUUGAAGAUGGUAAUAAUAAUAAAACUCAGCUCCUCUCUUGCCAGCCAUGUAAUAAUCUUAAUAGUCUUAUUAAUCUUAGUAAUAGUUUUAUUAUGAUUGCUAA